GGAUAACUCAAGAAUGGUAAAUCGCACAAUAAUGGUCUAUAGGUCAAAAUAAAGCUUAUAGUAAUAGGGACACAAAUAUGGAUACUUUAGUUACUUAAAAAUUAUACGACAGGAAAUAUGCAUAUCACACUGGUUCAUAAAUAGUCCUCUAAGUUACCAUUCCUAAUUCUCCACGGGAUAUAACGCUCACUAAGCUGGCAUCUAUUUGCGUACAAGUAUAACUUCAAUCAAUGCGCUUUAUUUCGAGACCAUUUUCUUAUUGUCUUUGUUGGGUGCUUUCCUCAUACCUGAUAUGGUUGAACUUCACUGGUCACAGCUCACUAGAUAUCCAGAAAUCCCCUCUCGUGGACUAAUUAAAGUCAGACUUGUACUCGAUUAGAUGCCAGCUUAGUAGUCUUGAAUUAAGCGAACCUAAUGUUUUAGAAUUCGUCACUCGAAACCUUGAGUCUCUAAUUGUAUCGCUAAUCCAUCUGUUUCACUCAGACAUUAUAUUCAUUCGAUUCAAUCAUGGAAUUUCCAUUCUUAAUGCUCUCCUAAAUUUAACUUGCCAUGUUAAUGUUACUUACAGCCUGUUCUGCAAUUGUUUUAGCUCAGUUCUUUUUAAAGCUGAAUUGGUUUGCGGAUUUCAUGCUCAUUCUGUGUACAUUGGCUGGGUGUGGUGGCGUGCGCCUGUAAUCUAGCUGCUUGGAGGCCAGGGUGCAGGAUUUCGUGGGACCGGGAGUUCUGGCAUAUGGGUGUUCAUGUUGAUGGGGCGUCCACGCUAAGCACGGCGCCGAUAUGGAUGACCUGUCGGAGGACAGGUUGUCCAGGUCGUCGAAGGAGGGGCGGACCGGCCCUUUUACAUAUUACCCACUGGUGUUUGUACAGUCAGUCACUAUCAUCACCCCCCUCUAUUCCUUUUAGCUCAUAUCUCAAUGGGUAAACCUAUAUGUAGUUGUCAGUCAUCAGAUUAGAUUGUUUGAAAUGCUUCGAUACUUAGAAAUGUUUGUAAUAUGCAAAGUUUUUGGUUGUCGUAUCCGUCAUUUUGGUGACCGAGUUAUACCAUCCACCACUACGGAACACCAUAGCUGUCUCUUUCUGAUCAACCAUCGGACGCAAUUAGAUUGGUUCUUCGUGUGGGGUUUAGGUGAUCCAAUCCAGCGUAUGAAAAUAAUUCUUAAGGAUUCUCUUGCGAAAGUUCCAGGUGCUGGUUGGGCUAUGCAAUGUGGUAGCUUUAUAUUCUUACGCCGGCGUAUUGCAACAGAUCAACAGCGGUUACAAAAAAUUGUGGAAUAUUUACUCAAAGUUAAACAAAGUUGCCAAUUGUUAAUCUUUCCUGAGGGCACAAAUUUGAAUAGUAAAUCGUUGGAGAGAAGUGACAGUUACGGGGAGCAAAAUAAUUUACCAUAUGUUCGUUAUACACUUCAUCCUAGAAGUACUGGAUUCUUGCAUUUAGUAAAACUGAUCGGCUUAGAUAAUCUAACUGAAGUAUAUGAUGUUACAGUAGCCUAUCCGGAUAUUUUACCAUCACCGGAAAUUAAUCUAUUCUAUGGACAUGUCCCACAUGAAGUUCAUUAUCAUAUUCGCCGUUUCUAUUUAAAUGAUUUAUUGGAUAUCACACAUGAUAAUCGAAAAUUAGAUGAUGAAAUAAAUGAUAAAUUAUCAAAAUGGUUACAAAAUCGUUGGUUAGAAAAAGAAAAUAUUUUAAAAGAAUACUAUGCUAAUCCUAUUGGGAAACGUUCAUUUCAAAAUGAAAUAACACCUGAUAGUCUAGUAUUCUAUGUGGAUUCGUCAGAUAGCAUAAUGUUCACUUAUUUGGGUUUAUUCAAUACUGGAUUUUGGUUUCUAUCUAUGUUCAGCUUAGUGUAUCUGACUUAUACUACAUUCUACAUUCAAAUUUAUUUUAUCAUAACUCAGUUAUUGUUUACUUAUUUCACCUAUUAUACAAAUGGUGUUAAUAUAUGGGCCACUAAAUGGAUUAGUAAUUCUGUUAAAGGUGAAAACAAUGAGAUCAAUGAUAUUGCGUUUAAUACCACUACUGCUAAUAAUAGUCGUAAUAUUAAACGUGAUGAUGUUGAUAAUAAUGCCAAUAAUGUCUUUAUGCAUUCAGUUCAAUAUGAAGGUGUUGAUCAGAAUAGAAAAGCUACCUAAAAUCACGUUGUUGCGCUAUAAAUACAUAAAGUAUAAAUAACAUGCAUCCAAUAUGUUGAGCUGUUUGGUUUGUUGGUGUUUUUUCGAAAGGAAAGUUGAUUACUCUUUUCAAUCAUCUUCACAUUCAUACUACUUGUUGUGCUUACUUUUCGUAUCCUUCUCCACCGUUUGUUUGCUAUCAUCCUCAGUCAGUAUUAAUCAUUUUAAUGCAUUUUCAUCCUUAAUUAUGUGAACUUCCUUUUUUCAUCAUAAAUCCGAUAUCUGUAUUAUUAUAUUUUUGUUCUUUUUACAUCUGUUAUUCAUUUGAUAUCUGCAAUUAGUUGUCAGUCGGAUGACUUUAUUUAUUUAUUUACGAUGAUUUACUGCACCCUAUGCAAAAUCUAUUCGUGUGUGCAAAUUAUUUCCUCUUUUUUCUCAUUCAGUAAUUACUUGGGACUUCUCUGUGUGUGGAUUAUUUCGCUUGUUUUCGUUCAUUUUUAUCGAUAUUGAUCAAUUAAAAUUUAGAUCAGAUGUGACGUUGAAAUCAUACAUACAUUUAUUUUCAGAAACUUAAUUUACAACAUAUAGAUAUUACCAUUCAUGUAAACAUGUGCUUUUUUUCUUUAAUUAAACAUUAAGCUUCAUUGAAUUACUUCAUUAUUCAUCUAAGUAUACGUUGAUCUUUUGUAUGUAUUGAUUGAAAUCCCGAGUACUUUCAGUCUAAAAACAAUUGAUAUCAGGAAACGAAUCAAGUUCUGAGUAAUGUCAUCUUACACCCUUUCGGUGUACCGUUAUGAUAAUGACAACAGAAGCAAUUGUUUAGUAAUAUUUAUGGUACUGUUUAGAAACAAACAAUGUGAAAUAUGCAAUGCACCUCAACGUUGCUGAUAUCAUCACUACACAGCCAACGUGAAUUCCUAACAGAUUCAUACAAAAUUAUCUGUAAUCAUCAUCAAUAUUGUUAGCUAAAAAAAUACGAAACUAAUCAAUUGUUGUUUGAAAAAUUAUUCCAUGCAGAUAAA